AUGAGCGUGUUGAUCAACGCUGAUGGAGAAGAGGAAAAUUGGAGGCCAGUGAAGGUCGAACCUCUGACCGUCCGUGAGGUCACGGCUGAUGGUGCAGACGGUGCCUAUGGCAGACCCAGCUGUCGGUGUCCUGUCUGCGGCCGCGACUGCUUCAAGAUGUCGGCGCUGCAGAAGCACCUGCGCAUCCACUCGGGCGAGCGUCCAUUUGUGUGCCCCACCUGCGGCCGGAGCUUCACGCAGCACGUGCACAUGACGGAGCACCAGAGGACGCAUUCAGGGGAGAAACCAUACAGCUGCUCACAGUGCGGCAAGAGCUUCAGCCGCGCUCUGGACCUCAGCUACCAUGAGGGCGUGCACGCGGAGGACCGGCCCUACUUCUGCCACGUCUGCCACAAGAGCCUGGGGGGCGCCAGAGUCUUCCGGAAGCACAUGAAGAGGCACGAGGAGGCCAGGUGCUCUGAGUCUGUCUCUGCAGCAAUGCCACAGGACCAGACAGAGGGGAGAGGAAACGUAGCCACUGGCCACGUUUGAGUGAAAACACUGACUGGAGUGGACUGACGCACUGCUGAGCCUGGACUCACACACACACACGGAUGCACACUACUGAAUCAGCUGAACAUCCGAAUACUUCCAUCCCUCUUCUGGUCUCUGGUACUGGAGCCACGCCCCUUCAUCAGACCCUUAAUAAAGUCGUCUGACAUUUGCUUGUUCGGCAACAUCUGGCUCGCGUCUCUCGUGGUCUGGCUUCCAAAACAGGUUCCAUCCUCCCGCUCACUGGGGCGACUCAACAGCAGUUCGCCAGUUGCCCACGUGGAGGUGCUGCUGAGUCCGUGGGUGACCCAGGCGCGGGCUGA